AUGUGGUCUGAAUUGCCGCCUCCUGAGGACGACAAGAUAUUUGGGAUUGCCAAAGAGUACCGUAACGAUAAGACUCAUGAGCAGAAGGUGAACCUGUCGAUUGGAGCUUACGUGGAUGAAUCCGGCAAGGCGAUUUGCUUUAAGAGUGUGCAAAAGGCAAUGAGCAAUUGUGCAAAAGACCCGGAAGUGGGUUACCUCAUGCCUAGAGGUGACUUGGUGUUUUGCGAGUUGUCUCAGAAACUUCUCUUUUCGGUACCGGAAGUGGAUGAUAGAAUUGUAUCCAUCCAAGCACCGAGCGGUACCGGGGCACUCACAGUUGCGGCAAAUCUAUGUAAAGAGCUGUUCAGCCGUACAGCUUCUCAGCCGGUAGCAUACGUGUCUAAUCCUACUUGGCCGAUUCAUAAAACUCUGUUUGGCGUUCAGUGUGGUUACGUAGUGAAAGAGUAUGGUUACUGGGACGCGGCCAAGUUGACAAUAGACGAUGCUAAGUUUAGGUCGGAUAUGGAUUCUGCAAAUGAGCACUCGGUGAUUAUUACACACGCGUGUGCGCAUAAUCCGACUGGCCAAGAUUUGUCUCACGAGCAAUGGGAGUUUGUGUUCGAUGUUUGUCGUAGGAAGCAGCAUAUCUUAGUAAUUGACUGUGCGUACCAAGGCUUCGCGUCCGGUGAUUUCGAGAGGGAUGCUUGGGCUGUACGCCGUGCCUACGAGAUUGGGGUACAGACUGAGAAUCAAAAGGAGAAGCUAUGUUUCAUCGUCUGCCAGUCCUAUGCCAAGAACAUGGGACUGUACGGUCACAGAUGCGGCUGCUGUCAUAUCUUUGCGCCCGGCAAGGAGUCCGCCGAAAAGGUCCUUUCCAUGGCGUCCAAGAUCGCUCGCAGAAUUUGGUCAAAUCCGCCUCGGAUGGGUAGCGACGUAGUGAAAGCCAUCCUCUUAGACCCCCAACUCAAACAGGAAUGGAUACAGGAACUGCAAGGCGUGAGCGAAAAAAUUCGCCUGCUCCGAGCCAAGCUGAGGACAGCACUUGAACAACGAACACCCAUGGACUGGGCCCACCUCACCAACCAAAUUGGUAUGUUCGCUUACACUGGUUUGCGUCCUGACCAGUGCAAACGGCUGCGAGCAGAAUACGGAGUCUAUCUUCUCGACACAGGACGCAUCAGCGUCCCCGGAUGCACCUUUGAAAACAUCGAUUACAUCGCUGACUCGAUCAGCUCCGUUUUGAAUUGCUGA